AUCUGUCAUUGUAUAGUGUUCUUAAAGUAAGGAGCGCAAUUCCUGUUCAAUGUAGUUUAAAGGUUACAGAAUACCAACGGUUUCUGUGGUUCAAACACAGGGUGAAGUUCUCUGUAGGCGACAGCAUCAUAAACUGUUAGUGUGUUUACUGAUCAUACCUUUGUUUCUGACUGGCUGCUCUGUCUGUUUGUGUAAACUUGACAUUAAUGCUUCUACAAAAAAUGGAGACUGUAGUGGAGUCAGACAGUGAGGAGCAGGACAGAAGUGGAGAGUCGGAAGAGGAGGAGGAGGAUGACCGAGAGCCGAUGAAGAUGGAGAGAAGUGUUUCAGCUUCUCAGGAGCUUGUCCUGAAGUUGGACGAGCUGUGUCCGGAGUCCUACAGGGUUAACUCCCCCGACCAGAUCCGACUGUUGGCCAUCUCCGACAACUUCCAGCGUCAGUAUUCACUCCUGUAUCCCGACCGCAAACCACUGCUGCUCUGCCCGGUCAACGAAUGUGGAGUCAGGAAGUUUGUGUCCUUGACUCUCCGGCCCACACCGGCAUUCUUCCCCGAACUUUUCAACUGGGAGGGAUGCGCCUCCUUCGUGGCUGACUUCCUGUCUCUGGACCCUCUGGAACCACCUGUGGAUCUGCCCAGGUAUUUGUUCUCCUCCAGCUCAGUGCUGCUGAAUCAGAGUGCCACAUGUUUUGAAUCGGCCACCCUGCUGUGCAGCCUGCUGCUCGGCACCCACUACGAUGCUUACUGUGUCAGCGGCUACGCUGUCAGAGAGAUGUGUCUGAUGGACUACAGCCUGCAGGAGUGCCCCCUGCUGGACACUCCGGUCAAGAGUAAUAUCUCAGAGGAGGAGCCGCAGGAGAAUAAAUACACAGUGAAACAUCUGAGGGAGAUGAAGAGUCACUUCCUGACACAGCUAGAGAAGAAGAAACAGGAGGCAGAGGCCGCUUUGCUUCAAAAACAAAAACCACAGGAGAAUGAGCAGCUGCCUGCUGACCCCCUGCGAGGUCUGCGCGUGCACUGCUGGGUGUUGGUGCUGUCGGGGAGUCGCAGCGUCCGGGAGAACUUCUUCAUCGACCCCCUGUCCGGGAACAGCUACCCCACAGACGAUGGUAACUUCCUGGGCAUCGAGAGUGUGUGGAACAAUUUCAACUACUACGCCAACAUGCAAGACUGCAGAGCCGGCUGCACUGAUAUGGUGUAUGACCUGGAAGAUUUAAAACUAUGGGAGCCGCUCCUGUACGGUGCCACCAGCAAAAAGCAGCUGAUAAUUGAAGUUUCGAAGAAAAAGGAGAGUAGGAUGAUCAGCAAAUUCACCAAUAAUGAGGAGGAGGACGAGCAGCCCCGAGUUUUUGAGAUGCCACGCCACUGGGUCAGUUACAUCAAGAUCUCACAAAAAGACCUGGAGAGCCGUUGGCCGGGGAGACAGAAGGUGACCCGCUACAGAAAAGCAAAGCUGGAAAAGUUUGCAGCGUACCUGAGGGAAGACGGCCUGGUCACACGGCUGACCAGAUACAAAGACCUGGACUGCACUGAAGUCGUCACUGUGAAAGAGUGGUUUCAUCACAGAAACGACUUCCUGGAGGAGAGGGACAUCAACAAAGAGGCAAACUUCACCAGAGAGCGCUUCAAACGUGGAAGACUUUCCUCCCUCAUGUGUCACAGGUACACAACCAAGAGCACCGACACGGAGCGUGUGAUGGAGUUCAGAAGGGAGCAUCUGGAAAAUAUGGUGCGGAGGGUGGAGUCAUUGGAUGAAAUGAUAGAGUUCUUCGAGGGCCGCAAAGACUUCCUCCACUGCCGGCAUGUUUUUUUCAUACCACUGGAUCAGUUUUCACAAACAGAUUUGGAUUGCCAACUGAGAGUCCGACCAAUAGAGAAAGUGGUGGAGCGUUUCCGCAGGGACAGAUCGAAGCCGGCCAGCAAAGACGUGGCUGAGCGAGCGUUCCUAUUGAAUGAAAGACGUAUGGAGUUGACCUAUCACCUGGAGGAUAACAGAUUCAUCCCUUCAAAGAGAAGCUUCGUCAAACCGCUGGAGGCGACUGACAAAAAGAAGGCAGAGGACUUCAGAGUGGACAUGGUCUCCAGCUUCCAGGUGGAUCCAUCUGAGAAGCCUCUGAAGACUUUGACUCUGUACAAGAUGCUGAUGUCUCUUAUGGAGGAUGAGAAGGAGGUAGUUCUGCAAGUCAAGAAAUCCAAGGAAGAGGUGCAAAAAAUCCUAGACUGCAGAGAGCAGGAGGAGGCAAAAGACCAGAUUCACUUCUGCCCCUGGACGACAGACGGAGUGACCCAGGCCCGCAGCCAGAGAGAGGAAAUGGAGCGUCUGGAAGAGGAGGAGCAGCUGUGGCUGCAGGAGAGGGAGAAGGACAUCCUGGCUCCUCUCCUCCUCCGGCUGAACGACACAGAGACGCUGAGUACAGCAGACGCAAAGCAGAUCCACCAAGAGUGUUUGUCCGAGUUCAAACAGAGACUGGUGGAGCAAGCCAACCUCAUUCAGGAACGCUAUGAGAAGGAGACCAAGGAGCUGCAGAGGAAGCAGCAGUCGUUCCAGAAGAAGCAGGAGGAGGGUUACCAGACCUACUGCUCCGAGAAAGUACUACGAAUAGACGUCGCCAAGAAACGCCUGAUCAUGCACAAGGAAGCAGCUCUUCACAAGUACAAAGCUCUGGAUCAGAGGCUGAAGCGAGACCCUCGACUGGCCCCUCACCUGCUUAAUUGAGCCAGGCGUCUUUGAAUAUCAGCACACUUUCCAAAUUGAAAAUAGUUUAGAAAUCCUCCUUCCCACAUGCCUGUUUUCAAUUUAUUUUCCCUGUGUUGUUAACCUUUACAAACUGCUUCAAAUGUUGUGUUGUGAAAAUGAACCUGCAUGAAAUGCUAUCUUUAUUAUCUUAGCUUAAAGUCUGC